ACUUAAUUUAACGGGAGCAAGCAACCAUUAAUUUUCAGCUUCUUUUCAAAGGAAUAGGACUCGUUCGACCACAGCCUUUGGCAAUCGGAGGAAGUCGACGCGUCACGGACUGUGCUAAAUUAGCUUGGACAUUCGAGUGAUCAAGCCCCACUGAAGACUUCGAUUGAUCAAGCUUUGCUAAAUUGAGCGGGCCAGUCCCGACAGCCCGAAACUCCGAACAUUCCCCGACUCUGGCCGUCCCUUGUCCUGUAUCUGAAGACGAUGUCGACUCCUCAUUUGCAGGAGAUAUCAACAUCUCUUUGUGGCGCUGACAGUGCGUUGAUGAUGCCUACCGGUCCAACGGCGCUGUUCACGAUAAGCCCGGUACCUAUAUUUUAUGCUAUGUAGUAGUUAAUAGUUAUUUCUUGGGGAUUCAGGACGGCUUUGAAAUGGCAAGUGGUCAAUGGAUAUCCCUUUCUUUCUGUAGCACGGAUGCUGCUUUCUCACACUUUCUAAAACGUGAAAAACGAUACCGAAAGCUACAGGAGGAUUUCAACGCGUGCGAGCGAGCGAGCGACAGAGAGGGGUGUUUAUGAGCAGCAGAAGAAAACUGAAGGAGACAAAUAACUGUGGCCUUUUGGAGCAGCAGUGAGCUGAUUUGGUGGUGAUUGAGAGCGAAAGUUGAGUUGAAUUGAGGGCUUGAUGAUUGAUUUGUAUUCCCUUUCAGUUUCGGUCUCCACCAUUUGCAAAGAUGCAGCUGGAGCAGCAGGUAACAUUUUCGCUAUUGGCGUAUUUGUAUCACCUAUACCGACAUUUAGAAGAAUCGUCAGAAACCAGUCAACGGAGCAGUUCUCUGGGUUGCCUUAUAUAUAUGCUCUCUUGAACUGCUUGCUUUGCACAUGGUAUGGCACACCGCUGAUAUCGAGCGACAACAUGCUGGUCAUGACAGUGAACUCCGCGGGUGCACUUUUUCAGUUGGCAUACAUAGUUCUCUAUGUGACAUAUGCGGAUAAACAGAAAAAGGUGAUGAUGUUGGGAUUUCUUUCGGCGGUUCUUGUUAUUUUUGCCAUUGUAGUAAUUGGGAGCUUACAAAUAGUGGACGAUGACCUGCGGAGGGACGUUGUCGGGAUUAUAAGUGGUGUCUCCCUUAUUUCUAUGCUUGCUUCCCCAUUGCUUAUAAUUAAUUUGGUGAUCCGGACGAAGAGCGUUGAAUUCAUGCCGUUUUAUCUCUCUCUUUCCAUGUUCCUCAUGAGCGCGUCGUUUUUCCUAUAUGGGAUUUUCAACAAUGACAUCUUCAUUUAUGUCCCAAACGGUAUUGGAACGAUUUUGGGGAUCACCCAAUUGGUGUUGUAUUGUUACUAUAAGCGCACUGACAGUGAAAGCUCAAGAGAACCAUUGAUAGAAUCAUAUGCAGAGACGGUAUAGUGGCCAGUGAAGAAGCUCUCUUAUGAGGAGAACCAUCACUAGCGUGCUGCUGAGAUAAUCUGAUCCGCUGGGCACGGCGCUAAUCUCCCUUGUUAGGAAGUUAAAGUUUUAGUCGUGAUGCUUCGCUUCUUUUAUCUAUUUUUAGCCGACCAUGCUUAAGUGGGAUAAGGGUGCUCGUCGUCUUUGUCGUCGUCGUGGUUUAUCAUCCAAUGAAACCAUGAAUCUCGAGAAGCAUGUGAAGUAAAAGGGAGAUGGAAUUCGUUUGCUGGCAGGGAAUAAUAUGCUUGUUGGCUGGAGAUCA